UAGAAAACAACAUCAGAGAAGACGGGAGCCGGUUGAGGACUCCGGUGGUCAAGUCUGUUUCUCUAGAUUCCACCUCACUUCCAACGUCAGUGUUUUGGGACCUACCCUUUCUUUUGGGAGCAUUUCGACCAGAGUGUCGACUUAUCAGUUUUCGAUUGUUUGUCAAGCCCGACAAAAACAACGACCGGGGGGGUUUGUUCAAAAUGCGUUUCAAUCUGGCAGAAGAAUCUUUUGCGAUGCAGGCUUCUCCAUCCAAGGCUCGGGCGGAAGCUUUGGAGUCACACUCUUGGUCUUUGGUUCUGGAAUGGCUCUCAAAGUUGUACCAUCCGUCACCCAUCCCGGCGUUUGAGCGUAACUCAUUCACCCUUCAAGCUCUGCAAAGCCUGAUGGGAGAAAACAUCGCGGCCGAAAGAUUGAGAGAUUUGGUGUACGAGGCACAAAUCGAAGAGCUCUUCACGACGACGACGACGACGACGACGAACGAAAAAGACAAAGACAAGGAUACGUUAUCCGCUCAGAAUGACUCCACCAAUACGACAACGACGACUACAAAAGACCCCAGGAAUCUCCUUUACCGGAUUCGAUCGUCUCUAUCGAAACCAUCACGUACCGCAUUAGACAGUAUAUCAGAAGCUGCAGUCAUCGCCGGUUGUUCGGCCUCAUCCUCCUCGGCAGGAGGGUCCUCCCGGCAGAAUAAGACGAUCCUACAAGAUUUACAGUCACACAUCACCAGCCUUCCCAUUCAGUUGUUCAAGUUGGAGACUCAACUCGAGUCUAUAGAUGACCUGAUAUCAAACCUUCAAGGAGAAAUCGAACAAUUCCAAAAAUCGACCUCGUCGACAAAAAACAAAUCCCGAACCCGGUCCCGCCGAAAAGACCGGUCAACAACCGUUCCCUCCGGCACUGGAGGAGGUCGUUCGAUCUCUUCACCCCCUCAGACCCCGACUACGUUAUCGACCAUGACUUUUCCAAACGAUGAUGAUGACGAGGACGAGGACGACGAGGACGACCGGCAUUAUACAACACUACACGCCGAGACGGUCCAACAUCAACGAGAGACGAAACAACUCACGAUCAAAUGUGCAGAGUACACUGAACGCAUCGCCUCACUUGAACGACAGGCUUCUGUUUCGUCUUCGACCACCACCAACGAACCCACCCUUGCAGAUGUGGCGGAGAAACAAGUCCUCGUUACCCAAAAAAGAAAACGUGUCGAGCAUCUAGGAAAAAAGAUCCUCCAGUUUCACAGCCUCCCACCUGACCUGGACGCGAGUAGAACCGAAGUCCGCCGCGCCCAGGCGGAACUGGAGCUGUUGAAAAACAAAAGGGACGAUUUAUUCGCACAGUUGGGUUCGUCAUAACAGAAAAAAAAAGAAAAUGGCAAGCUUUCGGACCAGGCUACUGUGGUAAAUCGAUCUAAAUUGACCAGGCCACCGUUUUGUAUGAAGCAUAGAUCUCCUAGAGGAAGGAAAAAGGUGCCACUGUCACGAACUCCUAUUAUUCAUGACCGAGUAAUUUUGGUGGUUAUCAU